CAUAAUUCAUAAAUAAUUGUGUUGUUUUCUUUGUUCGAACUUAGGGGGACGAACAUUUCUGUGUUUUUAAAUUAUUGUUGACCAAAAGAUUAAGUAUUUCUUCUGUGAUUUUCGUAAGUAAUUGCGAAAAUGGGUGCCGUACUAGGCCUAUGUUCUGCAGCUCAGCUGGCCUGUUGCUGUGGAAGUGCAGCAUGCUCCUUGUGCUGUUCAGCAUGUCCUUCUUGUGCAAAUUCCACGUCUACACGUCUCAUGUAUACACUUAUGUUACUACUGAUGACAGUAGUGGCUUGUAUCACACUUGCUCCGGGCUUACAUGAUGUUAUGAAAAAGGUUCCAUUCUGUGAAAAUUCAACAGGUAUAAUACCUGGUGACAUUAAAUUUGAUUGUGAUCAAGCCGUUGGAUAUCUCGCUGUUUACAGGAUUUGUUUUGCCACAUGCCUAUUUUUCCUAUUAAUGAUGCUUUUGACAAUUGGUGUCAAAUCUUCUAAGGAUCCUAGAGCUGGUAUACAAAAUGGAUUCUGGGGUAUUAAAUACCUGGUUGUGAUCGCUGGAAUCAUUGGAGCAUUCUUUAUACCCGAAGGUCAAUUCGCAUCAACAUGGAUGGUGUUUGGAAUGAUUGGAGGCUUCUGUUUCAUCAUCAUACAACUGAUACUUAUCAUUGACUUCGCACAUUCCUGGGCUGAAAGAUGGGUUUCGAAUUACGAAGAAAGCCAAUCUAAGGGAUGGUACGCAGCUCUGGUAUUGGGAAUGCUGGCCUGCUAUGCCCUCACCAUCACCGGGAUUACGCUUCUCUUUAUCUUCUAUACCAAGCCCGAUGGAUGUGACCUAUCCAAAUUCUUCAUAUCAAUCAACCUGAUCCUGAUGGUAAUAGCCAGUGUGGUGUCCAUCCUGCCAUCGGUUCAGGAACACCAACCAGGCUCUGGUCUGCUGCAGUCGUCUGUUGUGUCUCUGUAUGUCAUGUAUUUGACCUGGUCUGCCCUUUCCAACUCAGCUGGGGAGUGUAACGCCAGUAUUUCUGCUACAAAUGAGACAUCGUUUGACAAGGAAUCUGUGAUUGGCUUAGUAAUAUGGGUAUGCAGUGUGCUCUAUUCUUGCGUCCGCACAGCGUCCUCCUCAUCAAAGAUCACAAUGUCCGGACACAUUUUGGCGAAGAAAGAAGGUCUAAUCGAUAAUGAAGAGGGAGACGGUGGUGAAGCUGGUGAUGCAGAGGAGAAGGUCUACGACAACGAAGUAGAAGACACGGCGUACUCCUGGAGCUUUUUCCAUUUCAUAUUCGCUAUGGCAACGCUAUACGUCAUGAUGACACUCACAAAUUGGUACAAUCCAAGCUCUCAACUGUCGAAGCAGAAUGUGGCGUCAAUGUGGAUCAAGAUCACGUCGUCUUGGCUUUGUGUCGGCCUCUACGUGUGGACCCUGGUCGCACCCGCCCUUUUACCAGACAGGGAAUUUAAUUAGACUCCUAACCGACUCAGAGUCGUCUAUUAAUGUUAUUCUUUAACUAACCGAUAGGUUGAGGUCAACUCCAAGAUUCACUUCAUUAACUGUUAAUUAAUGGCUCUGAGUACGUUUUUAAGUAAAAGUUAAUUUUGGACUACUUUUGAGUCUAUGUUUUGGAUCUUAUUGUCUUGAAACAUUUAAUACCAUUUAAUCAGUAUGUGUAAAAAUAUUAGCUAAGGAAUAUGUGUUGAUUUAUUUCUGACAGUGGAGAGACGAUUAAAAUAUCUGUUAUACAAUUACGAACAAAGCAAUUAAAGGAUUCAAUAAAUAAUUACAUAUUUUAA